AUGCUUGGCAGCAUUCUCCUCGGUCUUGCAAGCUACGUGCUCUACUAUGUGCUCUUCGGGGCCUGGCACGAGCUUGCCCACGUCUUGGCUGGCAUCUUGGUCGGCUGUCCGGCAAGCCUGAACCUCCAGAACCUGAUGACGAGCCUUUGUGGGAGGCAGGUGCACAUCAAGACCUCUCCAGGCUGGAGAAGGCUCUGGGUGCGGCACGCAGGAUGGCUCGCCUCCCUGGUCACGGCGGUUUUGGUUCUCCGCAUCGGAUCUCCGAUGAGCUGCAGUAUGCCUGCAGCCGUGACUGCAGUUGAGGCCGUUCUGUCGGAUCUUCUGCAAACCUGGGCGCGAGCUCAAGAAGAGGGGUUCUUCCUGUGUGGGAACUUCGGCAUGGUGAUCCUGCAGAAGACUUGGGCUUCUUCCCCCCAGAAGAUCAAGGACGUCCACGAGAAGAUGGUGGAGGUGACCAUGAUGCGCGGGGCGCAGUCGGGUGGUGUCGUCACUUUCGUGGGGGAGGAGGGGAACGUCAGAGGCUUGCGAGCCCGAGUGGUCAACUUGAAACGCACGACACUGUCGACCUUGCUGCGGGCAAGGCUGAACGCAGUUGAGUGGUGGGCACGCUGGCGGGGGCCUUUGAUGGGUGCCGGCAGGCUCUACAUGGGGCACACUCGCUUUGCUACGAGUUCCAAGGCCACUCUUGAAGGGACGCACCCCCAUCAGUGGACGCCUCCUGAAAAGCACGAGGUCUACUUGGGCUGGGCCUCUGGGCAGCUGCGAAAGGUCAACGUGAACCUAGAGAUCUUCAUCACUCAUAACGGCGACCUGGACUUCUUUGAUGUGGGGGACAGGACCUACGACGUGUCGGACAUCCAAUCCUGGCUGGAGCGCGCCACGAAGCAAAAGAGGCCCGCCGACGUGGACUCCGCAGCCAUCGCCGGCCUGAUGGACUUGCUCCGAACCCAGGGCUGCUUGACGCGCAGCCUGCGUUACGGCUUCCUCUUCGUCACGGCGACCAACCAGGACUCUCUCGACUUCGCGGUUCCCCGCAAAAACGUCUUCGAGGAGGUGGCUGCGGUGCUGGAAACGGUGCUUCAGAAGUUCGAUGUGGAGCAGCAGUCUGUGGCCCAGCUGAACGAGCAGCGAGGGUCUCUGCAGGAGGCCUCCCUGAGCGCCCUUCGAGACAGCAAGCAUAGCAAGCUUGCAGCGGCACUUUCGUGUGACGAGACGGAGCUGCAAAGCGUGAUCUACACGGCCAUCGAUGCUUUCUUCGACAACGACUUAUUGAAAGCCAUGGAGCUCUUCAUGGAAAGGGCCAAAGGCUCCUUCGGGCUCUGCGUCACCUCCUCUUUAGAUGCCCAAAAGCAGAUCGUCAUAGCCGCCCGUGGCCAGAGCAUGGCCGUGGCCUUCUACCCGGAGACGGGGCUCCUCCUCUACGGCUCCGAGGCGGCCGCAGUGAAGGCAGGGCUCAACCUUUCAUGCACGGAAGCUGCGCCUCAGAAGCGCCGCCAGGGCCAGGGCUUGAGUCUGAGCUCGAGACUCUCGGAGGACUCUGAGAGCUCCAGCUCUGACAGCUCCAGGAGCCUGGAGGAUGGGCAUCCAAGGCCCGGCUCCACUGGGCCCGCCGUGCGUCUUGAUUUGGAUGACUUUGCCGGUGAGAUUUGCCUCUUGGAUUGGAGCGGCGGGGCGCCUUACGCCUCCUUCGCCCACCGGAAGUUGCAGCCACAAGCUAUGGGCGAAGUUCUUACGCUCACCUCCCUGCGCGGUGGCUUGACGCAGGCGCGCCUCCAGAAGCGCUUGGUGGCCAUUGAAAACAAUCCGCUCGUGAUGCCUUUGCCGGAGAGCUGCGGGGAGCCAGUGGCUAAAGACAUUCGGGACAUCCCCUCGGCUUUGGAGAAGAUCCAAAAGGAUUGGGACGCCGGCGAGGGCUUGAACCGGAUCACAGCAUGGACUUUGACGAGGGCUCUGAACCGAAGGCUCAGGGAGAAGGCUUCCGGCAAAGUCUCCGCAGAUGCCGUGGAUCUCCUGAUCACCGGCUGUGAGGUGAGCUUGUGGCUGGGCGAACAGUUGGCAGCAGACCUCUCCCUGUGCUUCCAGCACUUGGUUGUGAAGUGUAUUUCCAGCAACAAGAUCCUCGGACACUACGGUCAAGAAUACCCGAUGGCACAGACCGGGCACAUCUGUGAUUCUUGGGACCUUUCUGGCUGCGUCGCCCUCCUUCUGAGCCACAGCGGGGGAACCUUCGCCACACUGAACGUCUCGAAUCUCCUGCAGGCCUUCACGACCAACAUCUUCGUGGUCUCUUCCGAGUGGGACACGCAGAUCGGAAAGCAGCUACGGCAGCUGCAGAACAGCUUCUGCAGCCGCAUCUUCAGCGAGGACAUCGGCCUGCGCCCGGCCGAGGCCUGUUCCGUCUCCGUCUGCGCCAUGCAGCAGAUGCUCACGCAGAUCUUGCUCCACCUCUCCGCUGGCCUGCUGAAAGACCCCAGCUUGAGCCAACAGGUCGGCAGCAAGGUGACGCACUCGGAUCUGGCCGAGCUGAGUCGCAUGAACCGCAUGAACAUCGAUGCCUUGCGGGAGCUGGUGGAGCCGAAGAUGGAGACGUGCCGUUUGCUGCGCCGCAAGGGGAGGCACUGGGCGCAGCACGUGCUGGAGGUGCCCCGGGCCUGGAUCUUGUGUGCCUUGUACAUCGCUGUCACCGUGACCUUGUGCAAACCUCCUGUGAUGCAUACCGCGAAAUCGAUGGCAAUGGUGGAAGCGGGCUCCCUCGCAUACCAUGUGGCACUCGCUUUCGAUGCUCUGCUCUACAUCUUCAUGCCGCAGCUUGCGAUUCUGAUGAUUCGCUUGGUGCAGCGGCGGCCGUUACUGCAUCGCAUGGGAGGCCGGACUGUGGUGAUCGGAGAUGUGCCCUGGGUGGCUCAGGCGGCGGAGGCCUUCCUUUCGAAGCUCAUGGCCUGCUCCUACUCCGCCACAGCUCUCAGCGUCUUCUCGGCGAACCCCGGCGACCACCUGGUCCAUCGCAUGACCCACCGCGUGGUGCGCGGCACCUUGCUGGCCUGUGGCUGCCCCGAUGGCCGCUUGGUGGCCCUCAGCAACAGCGCCCAGGCGGUGUACUUGGCCGUGAACCAGGCGAGCUCCAUCCAGUCCAUGGGCUCCGGCUGCGAGAGUUUGAUUAUCGGCCACAGCCCCUUCAAGCUGCCGCUCGCAGCGCACGCCGUGACCCUGAAAACCAGGCGGCCCUUGUACCUCUGCGAGUUCCUGAAGCAGCAGGACGUGGUGAGAAGUGCUUCAGGCGAACUCGGUGAUUUCAAUAACCUGAAGACCCAGUUGAAAAGGAGGAGCUCGUCCCACCUCCAAGUUCAGGUUCAGGAAGAAGUUCCCGAGUGGAUGGAGAAGAUCCACCACAAGAAGCGGCUUCUUCAAGCCUCGGCCGUGAAGGAGCAGGAUCUGAAGAGCUUCAUGGAGAGCCUGGGAGUCGAGCACACCCAGCACGUCACCUUCGAGCAGUUUGAGAAGGGUUGGCGCCUGCUCCACGAGGACAAGCUGAGCGAAGACCAGCUGAGGAGGGCCUUCCACCACUUCGGGGCCGAGGGGAUCUACCCAGUGGACUGCAAGGCUCUCCUUCGCAUGCCUUUUGUGGAGAUGCUCUCCUUGGCCCAGGGAAACCCGGCUCGCAAGAGCCAGACCCAACUCCUGGAGUCCAGUGAGGAGGUCUUCGGCGAGGCCUUGCUGCAGCUUGCGGACCCUCAAGACCAUGUGCAGAUCCUCCAAUCACAAUUCCUUUCCAUGCAGCUCUACGAGAGCCGUAUCGCCACACUUCAACGUGCGGUGUCCUUCUUCGUGAUGUUCCAUGAGAUGGCGGGGACGAUCGCGGAGUUUUGGCCACUGGUGAGCCUCGGCUUCCUGCGCUACCACAUGCACCGGACACAGUCCAUCAUGCGGAUUGCGACCACCGCCUCCCCCAUCUCGGGAGCUGAUGUGCGGCAGCAAAUGCUUGAACUGAGGUCUGCCAAGGAAUUCAAUCAUUUAGUGGGGAACGUCAACAAGAUGGUUUCCCGUUGGCGUGCACGCAAAAUGCAGUGA